AUGGUUAAACAACAUACAGUUCGACUAACAGUGGAGAAUCAGUCUGGUUUUACGAUGAAUUUUAAACGCGAUUGGUACGACAGUGGCAGACUAGCGGAUACAUACAAAUGGCCACAAACUAUACCCGAUGGCCGACACAUGGAUAUCUUAAGUUACGAAAAGGAUAACUCGCUCUCUGGCUGCAGUGGUUACACCAGCUAUGAUAUUAAUGGUACCACCAUUACUUUUGGUUUCAGUAAUCCGAGUUCAGGGAAAAAUAAGGUGGGAGUUGGCAUUGGCGGAAAAGCAGUCUGGGACGAAAUGAACUUCCAUGAUUAUAGAGAGUUUACGGUGCAGAUUCCCGUUUGUUCUGUGACUCUGAGAUUUGUUUGUAAAUGUACCGGCUCUAAGACAAACCAUGCUACUGUUAAUAUUUAUCAUAUGUGA